AUGUUUAUCUGAUGCAUCAAAGACCACCACAUGGCUUGCUGGCUAUCUGGCAUACAUUGAUCCUCAUCUCCUUAUGAGUUCUGAAAAUAAAUUACAGGAAAUAAAUAAGGAGUCUGAUAUAUACAGUUUAGUUAUGCUCUUAUGGGAAAUAUCCAGCUUACGUCCCCCAUUUGAGGAAGAAGAUAGAAGCACUCUGUAUAUUAAGAUAUUAAAUGGUUGCAGGGAGGCUCCUAUUAUAGGAACUCCACAACAAUAUUCCGUUCUAUACACUGAUGAUCCGAAAAAACGUCCUACUAUUGAUAAAGUAGUAGAUGAACUUAGUAGAAGCAGGGAGCUCACUGAGCCAAUGGAAUAUGAGGUUAUGAAGUGCGAAGGAAACCAAUUCAAUGUCAACUCAGUAAAAAUAGCUGUCAGAAAUAUGUAUACUGUUGCAGAAGUAUCAGCAAAUUAUGUACAUUUCGCACCAUUAAUAGAAAUAUUUUUAAAAUUAGGGGAGGAUAUUGUAACUUUAUAUCAAAAAGCUGAACAUAACAAACAUUUAUGUAGUUAUUUAACUCAGCGAGUAAAUUCAGCUGUGGCAGUUAUAAGAAACUUAGAAAUUCGAAAACAAGAUAAUGUAGAAUUUUUUAGGGAGGCAUCUAAUCUUCAACUUGUAAAAGAUUUUGUAAAAUGUAUGCUUGAUAUUAGAAAAUUUGUUGCUGAUGUUUCUCAGCUCGCGAUUCAGUAUCUUCAGGGCAUAAAUAAUAAUGCGGAAAAAUUAAAAGAGCAUGGUUUGGAUUCUAAAAAUGAUUUGGAGCUACAGUGUCAAAUCAAAGUUAUUAGGUCAGAUUUGGCAGAAAUGAAAAAG